UGGCUUAUACGAUCUUAAUGCAGGAAGAACUGGAUGAUAUUAUAAGGUACGGCUCAAAAGAGUUAUUUGCUGAUGAGAAUGAUGAGGCUGGAAAAUUGCGGCAAAUUCAUUACGAUGAUGCUGCAAUAGAUAGAUUGCUCAAUCGCGAGCAAUUUGGAGAUGAGGAUGCUGUAUUGGACGAUGAAGAAGAGGAUUCAUUUUUGAAGGCCUUUAAGGUAGCUAAUUUUGAGUAUAUAGAAGAAUCAGAAGCAACACCAGAAGAAGAUACCCCAACUCCUCCCUUGGAGAACAAAGCAACAGUAAACAAUUCUGAGAGAGCAACCUACUGGGAAGAAUUGUUACGAGAUAGAUAUGAAAUUCAUAAAGUUGAAGAAUUAAAUGGUAUGGGCAAGGGAAAGAGAAGUCGUAAACAGAUGGUGUCUGUUGAAGACGAUGAUCUCGCUGGCCUGGAAGAGGUGACAUCUGAUGGUGAGGAUGAUAACUAUGAAGCUGAUCUGAGUGAUGGUGAGACAGCUUUACCUGGAGCGCCAGUUGUGAGAAGGCCUUACAGGAAGAGAUCCCGCGUGGACUCUUCAGUAACACUUCCUUUGAUGGAAGGAGAAGGAAAAUCAUUUAGAGUACUGGGAUUUAAUCAAAGCCAAAGGGCUGCAUUUGUCAAAAUUUUAAUGAGAUUUGGAGUUGGUGACUAUGACUGGGCAGAAUUCACACCACGACUUAAGCAGAAAACUUAUGAAGAAAUAAGAGAUUAUGGAAAUCUGUUUUUGUCUCACAUAGCUGAAGAUAUCACCGAAUCACCAACAUUUACAGAUGGGGUUCCAAAAGAAGGAUUAAGAAUACAAGAUGUGCUUCUGAGGAUUGCAGUUUUGCUUCUUAUAAGGGACAAGGUGAAGGCUUCUUCGGAAGAGACAAAUGGUCCUCUUUUUGCCAAGGACAUUGUAUCUUGGUUUCCUGCAUUAAAAGGCGGACGAGUUUGGAGGGAAGAGCAUGAUUUGCUGCUACUACGAGCAGUACUAAAGCAUGGUUAUGGAAGAUGGCAAGCUAUUAUUGAUGACAAAGAGUUGAGAAUCCAAGAAGUUGUCUGUAAAGAGUUGAAUCUUCCUUCUAUAAGUUUACCCGUGUCUGGAACUUCUCAGCCACAAGUUCCUCCUGCUCCUGGAGCUUCUCAAGCGCUUCCCGCUUCAGGGGUUUCACAAGCACAAGUUUCUGCUCCAGGAGUCUAUCAAGCACCAAAUGGUGUAAAUACAGCUAAUGCUGGAACGGUUGGGAAUCAGGUGAAGGAUGCUGAUGGGAGUACCCAUGAAGUCUCACAUGGCACAAGCGAUCCUUCAAACAGAACACAACUUCACCAAGAUUCUUCUUUGUUAUAUCAUUUUAGAGAAAUGCAGAGAAGACAAGUUGAAUUUAUAAGGAAACGGGUGAUGCUUCUCGAGAAUGCAAUUAAUGCUGAGUAUCAGAGAGAAGUUGUUGGUUAUGGAAAACCACAUGAAUUGCCUGGGAAAGAGAGAGAGUGUGAGACCAAGACUGUAGACGAACCAAGUCGGAGUGUUGAUGCAGCUGAUACUGGAACGAAUGAUAAUUUCCCAAAACUUAUUGCAAUUUCUCCACAGGGAAUCUCUGAAGUUGCUUGUGAUGGUGAAGCGGAUCGUUUGAGUGUUGCUCAGCUUUACAACAAGAUGUGCAAGGUACUUUCUGAAAAUGGCCAAGAUUCAUUUAAUACAUAUGUAGCAGGUCAGCCAGCUAGUUUGGAAAUGAGAAAGAACCUCCUCCCACUGGAGGCCUUUUUUCAAGAGAUGAAUCGAGUUCUUUCUUCAAAACAUCAGAAUCCUUCUAUUUUUGAAAGGAGAGAACUUCAAGAAGAUUGGAAACCUGAAGGUGGAAAACCCAGUCGAGUGAGUACUAGCAAUUUAACAGCUCCAAGCAUAGCAGAAAGCAAUAUGCUCCGCAAUGUUAUUCCUUCAGGGGAAAUAAAACACUGCAGUAUAGCAAAUGGAGAUACUGAUAUAAAGAUGGUGGAUAAGCAGGAUGAUACUGAUGUUAGCACCACCAAUGUUGCCAUGGAUACAACAGAAUGAAACAAACGGGUUUUCGAGGCGUUCCAUUCAUUAAGUGAAAGUAAAUUAUAUAGGGAAACUAACAAGCUUCUCAUUAACCAUCAUAGAAUGAUGACCAAGCCAAGGGGAAAUGACUGUUUUCCUUUUUUUUUUUUUUUUUUUUUUAAAAAUUGUUUGUCCCACUGGUCAAGAACUCACUUUGAAACGUGAAGACAUUCUCGUACUUAACUGGUUCAAACAACAGAUAUUAGCCUCUUUAAUUGUUGAUUAUGAAAGGAUUGAAUUGUCAGCAUCCCAUGUAUCAAUGGACAUGUUGUAAUAUUGUAACUUAAGUAUUGUAACCUUACAUGUAAUGCGAGUCAGUUUCAUAUAUUAUACACAUUAUUUAGCAAUA